AUGGAAGCUCCGUUGCAUCGUCGAUGGAUUGAUAAUCGGUGUAUGCCAAGAAGGGGUGGGAUCACUCCUGAAUUUUAUGCUGGUGUUGAUGAGUUUAUUCAACUUGCAUCUUCUCAAGAAAGUUUCAUAAGGCUAGGAGUGUUGAAAUGUCCUUGUAUGAAAUGUGAGUGUUUGAAGUUUAAACCAGUUAAUGAGGUGAAAAGGGAUCUUUGUAAGCAUGGGUUUAUGAAAGGAUAUUAUUAUUGGACGAACCAUGGGGAAGAAAUACCAAUAAUGCCUCAAAAUGUUAUUGUAAAUGAAUAUUAUAGAGAAGAUAAUUUUAGAGAUCAGUUUAAUCCGUAUGAGCAAAUGGUAAUGGAUGCAGCAGGACCGUCACAUGUGCCUGCUACAAUGCAAGGAGCGUUUAGCGAAAGUGGUCAUCAGUCGUACAAUAUUGAGGAACCACCUAAUGAAAAUGCAAAAGCAUUUUAUGAGAUGUUAUCUGCUGCACAAUCCCCAUUAUACUCGGGUUGUGAUGCAGAGAGUGAACUUUCUGCUGCAAAGAUUGAUUGUUGUCCAAAUAGUUGUAUGUUAUAUUAUAAGGAUGAUCAAUUUGAGAGGAGUUGUAAGUUUUGUAAUCAUCCUCGUUUUAAGUCUGCAAGAAGUGGCACAGGAAAAUUUAAAGAAAUUCCUUUUAAGAGAAUGUGGUAUUUGCCCCUCAUACCAAGAUUGCAAAGAAUCUAUGCUUCAACCAUUACUGCUUCGAACAUGAGGUGGCACUAUGAAAAUCGGAGAGAGUUUGGGGUAUUGUCUCACCCGUCUGACGAUGAAGCAUGGAAAUAUUUUGAUCGAACACAUCCUGACUUCUCUACUGAUCCUAGAAAUGUAAGGCUUGGUUUGUGUGCAGAUGGGUUCACUCCAUAUGGUCAAUCGGGUCGCCCGUACUCUUGUUGGCCAGUAAUUGUGACUCCAUAUAAUUUGCCUCCUGGAUUAUGUUUGAAAAGAGAGUUUAUGUUUUUAACGGUUAUUAUUCCGGGUCCUUCAAAUCCCAAAAGUAAGAUAGACGUAUUUUUACAGCCUUUAAUUGAUGAAUUGAAAUUGCUUUGGCACGAAGGAGUGUUGACUUAUGACAUAUCUACAAAGCAAAACUUUAUGAUGAAAGCAGCUCUAUUGUGGACUAUCAAUGAUUUUCCUGCAUAUGGAAUGUUAUCUGGUUGGAUGACAUCAGGUAGAUUAGCAUGCCCGUAUUGUAUGGAAAACACAAAAGCUUUUAAUCUCAAGUACGGUGGGAAAACAUCAUAUUUUGAUUGUCACCGAUAA